AUGCGGCAAAAGAAGAAAAUGAAGAACCAUCCAAAAAAGUCCAUCCCCCCGUGCCAUGAACUUGCUUAUUGGAUGUCUCACUUGCCAGAAUGUCUCUGGACCAUUCCACUUUCCAACCUAUCACUUCCAGGGAGCCACGACGCUAUGACAUACAGCUUUGACAAGACGUCAACAGUGAGCGUAAAUGAAUCCAAGCUGUUGGAACUUAUGGACAAGCAUCUGCACUGUAUAAUACACCCUAUUAUUUUGAGGUGGUGCAUAACACAGGAGCUGACUGUGUUGGAGCAACUGGAUGCCGGAAUUAGGUACUUUGACUUUAGGAUUGCUCACAAGCCUGAUGAUCCUUCUAUGACUUUUCACUUUGUUCAUAUGCUGUACACUACAGCUGUUGUAGAGGAUGUCCUGUGGGAUAUUUUACGAUGGUUGAAAGCCCAUCCCUGCGAGGUCAUCAUUCUAGCUUUCAGAAACUUUGAUGGAUUGGAAAAGGACCAUCACCAUCAUUUGGUGUCUUGUAUAAAGCAGAUCUUCAGUGGCAGACUGUGUCCUAGAAAUGAUUAUAUGAUUCCAACCCUACAGCGCAUGUGGGCCAACGGCUAUCAGGUUAUCGUCUCAUAUGAAGACAUUGCUCAAGUGGCAGAGCACUCUGAGUUAUGGCCUGAAGUUCCAUAUUGGUGGGGAAAUAAGACUACAGCAAAAAAACUUAUCCAGUAUUUGGAGCUGAUGAAACGUGGUGGACGCCCAGAUGGAUUAUUUGUCGCAGGAAUCAACCUUACUGGAGAUUUGGGGUACAUCCUGGCACAUCUACAUUAUUCUGUAAAGAAAAUGACCCUCCGUGCCCUUCCAUGUCUAAAUCGCUGGAUAAAGAAGCAGCGACCUGGAGCAGAGAAAGACUGCAUUAAUAUAAUUGCUGGAGACUUCAUAGGAAGAAAUAAUUUUGUGACGAAUGUAAUCUGUCUUAAUGAAACGCUUAUUCCAAAAGAGCAUUGCUCAAAUAUGCUGCCUUUGCUCAGUUUUAGAAAAGCCUGA